AUGGGAUUUGAAUUUAGAAGAUUUAAACCACUCACUUCCGAAGAGUUUCAUCACAACUUUACUGAAUAUCAAAAAAUGGAAGAGAAAAAUGAUGUGUAUUUAAUUGUUGUGGAUAAGGAGGGAAAUAGUGUUAUUCCCGAAACUAUUGGAAUUAAACUUGCUUACAUGUCACAAUUUGAAAUUAAAAUUCGUAAAAAGAGAAAGAAAUCUGGCAUUGAAAAAUGGAAGAAAAUUCACUGUUUUUCAGAGAAGGUUGAUUUAUCUGAUCAGGAUAAUCUACUCAAGAGUAUAGAGAACCAAUUAAAGAUGAAUCAAGUUUCGGAUCUGGCACUCAGUUCAAAUCAUCACAGGGUUGUCUCAGCUAAAACUUGUAAAAUUAGAAGAAAUUAUAGAAAUUAUGAGAUUGCUUUCUUUUCAUUGAAAUUUGAGGAUGUGAACGAAACUCUUUAUUUUAAAUCAGUAAAUAUUGAGGGAGAGAAAAAGUUUAAAAAAAUUGAUAAGCAACUAGUUGAAAAGGAUCUACCACUCUCAUCUCAGGAUGCUCAGGUUUUAACUUGUGGUUAUCCAGAAUUGCUUUUAAGGAAAUAUUUGAGUGUAAAAUCAAAUAUUCAAAAUUAA